GCCGGUGUCCUUAGCCACUUCCGGCGUGGCCAUGGCGGCUAACGCGACCACGAACCCGUCCCAACUCCUGCCACUAGAGCUUGUGGACAAAUGUAUAGGGUCAAGAAUUCACAUUGUGAUGAAGAGUGAUAAAGAAAUUGUCGGGACACUUCUAGGAUUUGAUGACUUUGUCAAUAUGGUGUUGGAAGAUGUCACAGAAUUUGAAAUUACACCAGAAGGAAGAAGAAUUACAAAAUUAGAUCAAAUUCUACUAAAUGGAAAUAAUAUAACAAUGCUGGUUCCCGGAGGAGAAGGGCCUGAAGUAUGAAUGGAUUUCCUCGACGUUGUUUUCAAACCUUUAACAUUUAGAGUCUAUAAAUGAAGUUUCCGUUAAAGGGAAACUCUUUGAAGAUAUACAUCCAUUUUUCUAAGCUAAUCAUGGUUAUUUUGGGAAAAGAAGAGUUUUGUUUUGUCUUCUUUUUUUUUUUAAAGACUAAAAAAAAUAAAGAUGUUUUUGGUUAA